UGCUUACGGACUAUGGUGUCUGUAACUCCGUAAAAUAAUUAUAAAAGUAUGUUUUUUUUUAUUAUUUCAGUUUAGUGACAAAGUCAAGAUUGUACUUUUAACAAAAGCUUUUAGAUUAGAUAAAUAUACAUUCCGAAAAUGAGCAUUUUUAAGAGUCUUGUGUUUCAAGUAUUCUUCUUUAUAAAUUACAUCUACUGCGAAGACUUUAAUCUAUAUGGAGAGGCAGGACAGGCCUAUGCAUUAGUUAUUAACAUAGGACAUCCUCCUCAGAAGCUCCAUGUUUUAGUUGAUACAGGAAGCACCACAUUAGCAAUUGCUGCAUAUGCAAGAAAAGACAGUAACAUAUACUUUCACAAAGAAAAUUCAACAAGCUUAUAUAAUAGCGGUAAAGAGGUGCAAGCCAAGUAUUCCCAAGGAACAUGGUCCGGAACACUCGCUUCAGACUUCAUACAAUUCCCCACAUUGCCGACAGUACCGGAAGUGAGAAGUGAUUUGGCUCUUAUCACAAAAAGUUAUAAAUUCUUUAUGAACGGAUCGGGGUGGCAGGGUCUGCUGGGCCUGGCCUAUCUGCCGGUGGCGGCGUGGGGCGACAGCGUGGUGGUGGGCUCGUGGCUGGACUUCGCGGAGAAGGUGAACGGGAGGGCUCUGUCCUUCGAACUGAAGCUGUGCGGCUCCACGAGUCCGGUCAACGCCACUCACUAUGGGAACUUGAGAAUGUUCGACGACCGAAACACGUCCGAGGCCGGCGAAUACGUUUUCCGAACCCCGAUAUUGAGAAAGCGUUGGUACGAGAUCGGCGUCCUGGCGAUCCGGGUCUCGAACUCCACCGCGGAGAGAGAGCGCGCCGCGAACGAAACGAGGGAUCCGAACGACGUCGACUUCGAGGAGUGUCGCCUGAUCAAUGCCGAGAAGAGCAUCGUCGACAGCGGCACCACCGGCAUCCGGAUGCCCGACGCCGUGUUCCGGCGGGUUGUGGGCGAGCUGAGGAGUUCGGCCCGGACGUCGAACACGCUCGUCUUGGACGAGUUCUGGUACCACGGGGAGGCCGCCUGCUGGCCGGAGCCCCAAGAGUGGAACCUGCCCUCUCUGGCCGUCGACAUCCUCGCCUCGGAGGCCGACGACCGGUUCUUCACUCUGGAGAUCCCGGCUCAGAGCUUCAUGCGCGUGAUCAGCGCCCGCAACAAGUCGGCGUCGAGCGGCUCCGUCUCGGAGUUCUGCUACAAGUUGGGGCUGGAGGCCGCUCCGGGCACGGUGCUGGGCUACACGGCCAUGGAGGGCCUGCAGGUGCUCUUCAACAGGUCCGCCGGCUGGAUUGGCUGGAGAGAGUCGUCCUGCGGGCCGGCCGCCCGGACGUCCGGUCCGUGGAACGCGUCCGGGUCCCUGCUGAGCUCCUGCGGCCUCGACCGGUCUCUGCCGGACGUCAACGUCUCGAUAAAGGCCGCGCAGUGGACCCUCUGCGCCAUCUCCGUCGUGGCGGGUGCGGUGCUCGUCUAUCUCUUGGCUCCCUGCAUCAAGAUGUUCCCGGUUCGGCGCUUGCCCCGGUCCCAGCAGAUCUCUCUGUCCCAAGCGGCCUUGGUCGACCGGGACACGACGUAGGACUUUGGUCGGAACGGGUGUUAAAUUGGUAAUUAAAUAUAAAUGUACUUUAAGAGAAA